UAAAUAGUUGCUGAUUACAUUACAUCUAUUAGGUAGGUUGCUUAGUUCUAUGUAGUAAUACUUUGCAGACUACUGUAGAUAUGUUGCUAUGGUGGGAGAUACAUUUCUCACACUUGUAAUACAUACAUUACUUGUUAUGCUACAGGGAAUUUAGCCUAUAGCUACAAUAGCGUUAACAUUGAGUCAUAGGCUGUUAUAGACUUAGCUUACUAUUAGUAUUUGCAAAGGCGUCGCAGUGGCUGAUGUGAAGGAGGUUUUGUAGCCUAUAUAUGUAUGGACAUCACUUGGAUGCGGCAUGGGGGCGAACAACCGUUGAUAUAUCCACUGGCAGCAGAAUUUAGGUAAAUGACUCGUCAAACAUGUCUCUCCGCCCCCAUCCAUUCAAGUGCGACACUUGUCAUUUGUCACCUGAAGCGACAGGCAGUGCUAGUCUGUAAUACCCGACCCGAACUGUGGGAUUUAGGAUUUUACCGUUAUUUAGCCCACCACAUCAAAAUGACUUGGAGACUUUUGGUCCUCGGGGGGGCAUGCUUGCUUCUUCUGGGUGUGAGGGGUCAGUGCAAAGAGCAACGAAACAGGAGAACGGUGUCUUUCCAUCAGACUCAGCAAGAUGGGGACCAACGCCAAGUCCUCUCACGGCCAGAAAGGGAUACCACAGCUUCUCCAAGACCCACUUUCACCGCUUGUAAACUCCCUCUCACACCAUUAGAACACCGGGUGUUGGAUCAAAAUACACACGAGACAGGGUUUCAUGGUGACGAUGGCUCCAGUUUUACUGUCACAUGGGUUGGAGACGGGACAGGGGUAAUCUUGGUGUUGUCUACAAUCAGUGCUCCUCUAGAUUCCUUCUUCGAGGGCGGUUCUUCACGAUUGUACCGCAGUGCAGACUAUGGCAAGUCUUUCCAUGAUAUUUCUCAUCUCAUCAACAACACCUUCAUAAGGAAGGAAUUUGGACUUCUGGCUGGACCAGGGAACUCUCAGCAGGUGAUUCUGACUGCAGACACACCGGUUUUGGACAACCCCGGUGGCGUCAUCUUUACUUCAACUGACGCCGGAGUGUCGUUUAAGUCUGUCCAUCUGCCUUUUCACCCGGCCCAGCCAAUCACCUUCCACUUCUUGAAUCCCGAGUACUUAGUGGUCAUCAGCAUAGAUGGUGGCCUGUGGCUUUCUCUGGACUUUGGGACUGUGUGGAAAAAGGUUCACGAAGGAACACAAUCCUUCACGUGGGGCUCCGGCAUCACUCUCUUCUUCAGCUUCAGUCCCAAAGGAACAGUGGAGGCAGACAGAAGAGGAGAGCUGUUCCUAAAGAGGACAGAAGACCUGGGGAAGACGUUCACCACCGUGGCACACAGCAUCUUCUCCUUCGGCUAUGUAGGAGGCUUCCUCUUCACCUCAGUCAUAGAGACACUGGGAGCCCCACGUGUCAUCUAUGUGUCCUCAGACCAAGGGGACCAAUUCAACAAGGCCCAGCUCCCCUCCGCCUCCACUGAGCAGUUCUACUCGGUUCUGGAUGGGGAUGAGGACAUGAUCUUCAUGCAUGUGGACAAUCCAGGAGAGGAGAGCUACUUUGGGACGGUGUACACAUCAGAUGACCGGGGCAUCCUGUACUCUAAGUCUCUGGAGCGCCACCUGUUUGGUGGGGAAGGGAAGAGCGACUUCACCAACGUCACCUCCAUGAGAGGAGUGUACCUCACCAACAUACUGGAGGAGGACGGCCGCAUUCGGACAGUCAUUUCGUUUAACCGAGGGGGACAGUGGACACUCCUCAACAAGCCCCAGAAUGUUGAGUGUGGUGAGGAUUCAAGAAAUGAUUGUAACUUGCACAUCCACGGUGAAUACAGUCGCUACAACGGCAUCACUCCCAUGCUGCCUCUCUCUGACCCCACUGCCGUUGGCCUUGUCAUCGCCCACGGCAGUGUGGGGGACUCCAUCUCGUCAACACGGCCUGACGUGUACGUGUCGGAGGACGGGGGGUACAAGUGGAGGGGAUCCCUGAGGGGCCCUCAUCACUACAGCAUCCUGGACGCUGGGGGGCUCGUCGUGGCUGUGGAGGCCCACCCCAUGGACGGCCAAAUCAACACCAUCAAGUUCUCCACAGAUGAAGGCCAGUGUUGGAAGGUGUACAACUUUACAGAGCAGCCCAUCUUCUUCGCUGGCCUGACAUCCGAGCCGGGCACCAAGACCAUGAACAUCAGCGUGUGGGGCUACCGGCCCGAGGAAGACCACCAGCCCAUGUGGGUGGUGGUCACCAUUGACUUCCAGAGUCUCCUCACCAGAGAGUGUGGUAACCAGGACUAUGUUCAGUGGUUGGCCCAUGCCACAGAGGGCGGGGACUUGGCCACAGAGGGGUGUGUCUUGGGCUACAAGGAGACCUUCAGGAGGCUGAGGAAGCUGUCCGUCUGCAGGAAUGGACGGGACUACGUGGUGAGCAGGCAGAAAAGUCCCUGCCCCUGCACCAGAGAGGACUACCUAUGUGACUAUGGUUACUAUCGUCAUGAGAACAGCUCAGAGUGUAUGAGACAACUGGACACUGCAGACCACGCCCUGGAGGUGUGUCUAAAUGGAGAGGAGGGGGAGCUUAGGACAACGGGGUACCGUAAGGUUUCCAGUGAUAAGUGUGAGGGAGGUUUCACUCCCCUGCGCAUAAAGGAGACAGUCAACAGGCAUUGUGGGAACUCCAGUCAGCCCCCCACUGCCAGCCCAUAUUCUGAAACCCCGAGAGAGAAGAUGCUGUUGAUCGUAGUUUGUGUUGGAUCAGGGAUUGUCAUUCUGGUGGCUGUUGCCGCUGCUGUCUAUACUGUAAGGAGAAUGGGCUAUGGAAAUAGGUUCAGGACGACGACUGCUCCAUUGCCGCCGACCCAGAGAGUGUCGCCAGUAGCAACGGAACAUCAGUCUUCCCAGUGGAUUCAGAUGAUGAUCUUAUUGAAUGAACAACAUGAGAUUAAAUAUCUUGACGAGGAUCUCCAGAGCUUGGCCAUUUGGAUGUAUGACAUUCCACUUGUUGUAUUACGUACCUGUUGCAUCUCAAUGGAAAGAUGUCUAGGGUUUGUAAGGAACAAAUUGCAGAUGUCAUGUAGAUGGUAUGCAGAUGUCCCAAGGUAUUUAUUGAGUGAAGAACACUUCCCACUGGACACUGGUUGAACCAACGUAGAAUAGAAGUUGAAUUUAGUUUAUUUCAAGUUUCACUGCUCUGUUUUUAAGUAUUUCAUGAAUUAACAGUUUGUCUCUGUCUGAUGAUAUUAUUUAUGUGUGGAACACUUUCUUCAACUUGCACAAUUUUGUAUGGCGCUUGCAACGCAAUUGACAGUGGGUUGGAUUCUCGAUUUGGAUAAAAGCGUCUGCUAAAUGGCCUAUAUUUAUUAUUAUUAUUAUUACCACUGUUCACUAGUCUGUAUUUUGAUGAGGCCCUGAAUAAUGUGCAUUCCUAAUAAAUCAAUACGGUAAUGUUAGAAUAGCAAAGUAAUGGAAAUAAAGUGCCUGAUUACCUCAA